UGCCGCGGCAACAGGCACUGCCAAUAGUAUUAAUGUUCUGCUUAGUCUUUUCAGAAGUCAGGAGCAAUGCAGCCGCGGCGAACUUGAGGCGAUCCUUGGAGAAAGGUCCAUCCUCUGACAUGAGCGACACGCCCGAGACCUCGUGCGCCUUGGCGCUCAUCCCCCCAAACUUCCAACUGGGUAGCCAUGAUGCAUAUACGCCCAAGUUGUACGUGUUUGGCCAAACUGUUUGGCUGGAUGAAUUUCUCCGUCGGUUCCCGAAAGUAGCUUCGGUGUACCUGUUCGAAGGUCGUGCGGCCUGGAAGUUCUCAGAUUUCGUUCUGACUGGGAUGCUGCCGUCCUCCUCUGUCGCGCUCGUCCUCGGCCGGUUCGACCCCCUCCUCUGUAUUCCCUACCGGGUGCGUAUCCUCUACUGGUGGCCGCCGGUCGCGGAGUCCCAGCUGGAGUCCGAGGUGCAUUCCUUGAAGGUGCAACCUUAUUUGCCGGGUACCUGCCAUCGCUUCAUCCGCAUCAUGAUAACGACUCACCCUGACGGCGCGACGCACGUCUUCGCCCUGCACAUUACCUGCGACAUGUAUGAUAUCCCGAAGGCCACGCUCGAGCCAAUGGGUGCUUGGUCGGCGCAGGCAGGUUGGUCGACGCUGACCUCGGCGAUCUUUCCAGAGGCCUGCGUCACCUGGCGGCCGCCGCCUGACGGGCAGCCUCUCACUGCGGAGAUGCUCUCUCUGGCGCCCGAACAGUAUAACGAGAGUAGUGCCGGGCUCUUCCAGAUUGGGGAGUCGUACCAGAUACUGCGAGAUUUGCAAGACUUGUAUGGUGCAGUAUUUGAAUUUAAAUUCAAUUACACUCGAGAUCUGUUUGGCCCAAUAAGGGCUGCAGACACCUGUCGCCUAGAUUUGACAGCAUGCUCUGUUGGUUCUAGUACAGGUUUUAAGAUAACAGUUGCCUUACACAGCCAGCUAAGCGUGUUUGCUUGGGGAUUGCACGAUCUUAUAUUCGUAGUUCCUGCAGGUGCGGGCAAGCCAUAUCACGCGUUGCACUCUAUAACGGCCGAGCUCACCCCUGCAGUGUGGUCUGCCGUUGGGGCGUCGACGAUGGCCGUGGCCGCGUUCUUGUACCUGACGCACGGUGAGCGGUGCUACCAGGGCGCACUCCUGCUGACUCUCGCUCCGCUGCUGACGCAGCCGCUCAGCUUUCAGAGUGUGCGCCCGCGAGCAGUCUUUGGAGGAUGGAUGCUGACUUGUGUCGUGGUGGUGGCGGCCUAUCAAGGGAAGCUACUGAGCUUCUUGAGGGACCCGAUCAGGAAUCGAGAGAUUGACUCCUGGCAGGACUGGCUCGAGACUGACUUGUCACUCAUGAGUAACGGCCCCUUUGGUCAGCAGGACACGGAUUACCUCUCGUUGAUCGGCGCCACUGGUUUGUCACACGAUAGGUUCCGUUUCGGCUUCAGCGACUGGGAGAUGUUAAGUGCAACUGCAUAUGGGAAGAACGGUAGCUUUUUCUUUGACAAAAGCCAAUUUGACGGUCUUUUAAGCUACUUCCCAGGAGCUUUUAUGAGACAGCUGCACACUUUUCCGUUUGCAACUAGUUUUAGCAUUUAUUCUUGUUUUCUUACUUCUUACGGUUCUCCCGUAGAAGGCCCACUGCGAAAGCUCUUAGGGCGCAUGCGGGCGGCUGGCCUGCAUCGCAAGUAUCGGCGGAUUGCUUUCCCUUUAGGCAAUCAGGAGAGGAAACCUAUCACCACAUACAAUUUGAAGCCUGUAUUGUGGAUCUAUUUGGCUGGAAACUUAGUUGCAUUAUUUGCUUUUACUGUAGAGAUGUUCAUUUAUGUACGUACCUAAUAUUAACUGGCCUCCACAUUUCUUUACAGCUAAAAUGAACGCUAAGCACGAGACUAGUUAUCUUAUU